GGGCCUCCUGGGAGAAGUUGAGGGGAGGUGGGAAUGAGGGUCCCAGUUGUGCACCUGCUUGGAGGUCAAGGUGCAGAGGCCUCCCCGGCCCCUGUCGGCACCCCCUUCCCUCUGAAUUCACCUCAAAGCGCCCAUUCUCCACGGGCAGAGCCCCCUCCAGGUCCUCUCCCUGACCCCGGCCCCUCGGGCACCUGCACACCUGGCAGGUCUCUAUUCCUGGACUUGAGCCUGACACUAAAGGCAGUGCCGCCUCCCCACCUGCGCCCCUCCCUGCUCAGGGCGGCCCGGCCCUGGAGGCACUGACUCUAUGUGCCCUGUUGGGUGGGUUUUCUCUGGGGCCCCACAUGGGGUCUGGGAGAGCAAGUUUAGGCCUCCAGCCUUGGGUCCCAGUGAGGCCGGAAGAUGUCACCCAUCUGUCCGGGGGUUGGCCUGCCUGGUCUUGCAGGUCAUCAGCUCCUUGGUGACAGCAGGAAACAGGCCUGCCUGUUGUCCCGUGCUUGCAGCCGGGGUGUCCUGAGACAGGGAGCCAGGAAGGCGCAGGCUGGCAGAGGGGCACCUGGGGGGUGCCGUCGGGCUCCUCAGAGCUGCUGACCUUCAGAGCUACACCGCAGCAGCCUGGCCCUCGCUGGGCAGGGACAGCUCCACUGGGGAGGAGGCCUCACAAAUGUGGGCAGCGUAGGGCCAGGGGCCUGGAGCCGGAGGCGGGGGUCCCCUGGAGAGGGGGCGGGGGAGGGGAAGGAGGCGCUCUCCGAGCUCCGGGUCUGGCUGCGCAGGGCCCCGCGGCCCAGCGCCUCCCGGAUUUGGAUCUGCUGGGCUCUGCUCCCCCGCCCCAUUCUUGCCUCUGGGCUGCUCCCCUGCGGUGUCGCCGGGCUGGGGUUGGGACAGAGCCCUGCCUGCCGCUCGAUUUCUGCUGCCCAGGCCUCCCGGGCCCCGGGCAAGUCCUGCUGUCCUCAGUCCGCCUGCAGCACAUGGGGCCCCGCGUGUCCCCUUUGGCGUUAAGAGACCGAGGCCAGGCCUGCUGUCACUGGCCUCUGGGCAAGGUGCCCUGGGUGGCAAUGGGGCUCAGAAGAGCUGGAGGACCGCCUCCCCGAGUCCCCCUGCAGUUGGGGAAACUGAGGCAUGCCCAGAGCGCUGUGCUGGAGGUCAGGGGAUGGGGAGAGACCUCAGAACCCUGGUUCCUCUUGGCCCCGGCCUUUGUCUGUGCGGCCUGGCUGCGAUGGCCGGGGGAGGGCAGUGGGGGUUCUGCCGCCUGGGGACCACAGGCAGGGUGGGCGGGCGGGCAGUGGGUGUGGCUCCUGGGCUGUCCUGGCCCAGUCACGCCAGGACAUAUCACCAGACAGCUGUCCCGCACCAGCUUCUGUCCUUGUGGCCAGCGGUUGGCCGGCUGGACAGAUGGGGACUCUGGGGCAGUGGCACAGGGUCUCCUGCUUCUGGUCCCCGCCCCCCGCCCCCUCUCUGCUGCUGUGGGGAAGGCGGACACACAGUUCCCUUCUCAGCAGUGCAGCUCUUAGCAGCGAGUCAGUUGGUGGCUUGUCCAAUGGGUUGGGGUGGCAGUGGUUGGUCAGGGGCUCUGCCUGCCCAGCUGUGGGCUCCAGCCGGCUCUGGUCCACCCAGUGACCCAGAUGGGCCGCAUGGGGCCUCCAAGAGGGCCCCCAGAGGCCUUCCUGCUGGGAGGAGGGCGUGGACAGAAGCUUCUAGAUGUAAAGCAGAGGUGGAGUGGGCUGCAGGCCAGGUAGGAGUUUUGUCUGGGGCAGAGAGAUAUAGCCUGAGCUGCUGGGGGUGCAGGGGGCUGUGGAGAGGCCAGGAGGUUCCCCACCCGAGGCCCUGCCCCCUGUGUGCCCUGAGGGUCAAGCCAGUGAGGUGCCAGGGCCUGGCCCGGCCACGCCCCUCCUCCUUGGACCCUGGCCUCAGGGAGUCCCUGGGCGGUGGGGCCACCUCCCUGAUGGGCCAGAGCCUGGUCCUCUCAUCUUCGAGCCUUGAGGGCACCAUGACGUAGAUUUUAAGUGGAUGGCACAGAAAUUGUCCUCCAGGGAACAACAUCUGGCCAGAAUGGGGAGUGUCCCCUUGGGCCCAGAAGGCCCGAGGGCCUCCGCCCAGUCCUCUCUGCCUUGGGCAGCUGCAGCCCUGACUCCCGGCGCGCGGGACACGUCUGCCAUUCCUGAGCUUCACGUAGCCGGGCUCUCCCCCUCUCCCCCGUGGCUGGUCUUGGCUGGGAGGUGCGUGUCACCCCACCGUGCCAACCCCCACCCCAGGGCUGUGGGCACCCAGCCCUCCUGUUCAGGGACUUGGCCAGCUGCCCGGCCAUCUGCCACGCUGAGCCAUGUGACUGGAGGGGCAGCAGCAGAGGGCUGGGUGGCACCUUCGGCCCGUGGCCUGGAGGCGCAGCACCUGCCCAGCCCCAGGCCAACCCGAGAAACAGAGACAGCAGGAAGUGGGGAGCAUGUGCCGGGUGCUGGGGCUGGGGACAGGUGGGGACAGUGGACAGGGUGAGCGCUCCAGGUGUGUGGGAGGGAGACAGAGGCAGUGGGUGGGCUUCCUGGGCUUCCCUCCCAGGCCUUCGCGGGGUUGGGUUGGGGUCUGCUCCCGGGCCCCACCUGGGCUUCUCUCUGGCCCCGGAAGGGCUGGGAGGUGGGGCGGGGAGGUGCAGGGCGGCCCCCACUGCUGAUUCCCGGGCCACCGGUCCUGGGAGAGACCUGGGACCGCUCGUCCUGCGUCUGUUGUUCUGAGUCUAACAGGGCCCAUUUUCUCCUGUCCUGGAGGCUGUAAUUUUCCUGCCAAAAUGUUUUAAAAGCUGCAUAUGCAGAAACAUUUUCGAAAUUACAGGUAAUUUUGGCUGCCACGUGCAUUCGUCCUGCUAGCGCGUGCGUCUGGGAGCUCCCGCUGAUUGGUCUGGGCGGAUGAGCUUCGGGGCAACGCGCCCGUGACGUGCGCGUGCGGUCGGUGGCACCGUGCGGGGGGUGAGGCGUCUGACGGCGUGGGAGUGUGUCCGUGUCACAGCCGGUGGGGGUCUCUUGCCUCCACCUCUCCGGGCCCAGGCGCCCGUGCUUCCUGGGGUCUUAAUUAAAGCAAUGCGUUUCCGCCAGGGCCCCCCCAACCUGGCUGGACCCGCACGGCUGCUCUGCCCGCAGCGUCCUCCCGGUGCCCUUCCAGGCGUCCCGCGGGCUGAGGGAGCUCAGAGGGGCUCGUUUUCCUGCUGACAGGAGCCGUCGCUGGAGCUGGCGUCCUUGAAGGCAGAGCCAGACGGGCGGGCUGCUGGGUUUUAAGUAACGAUUCUCCCCGUGGCACCAGCACCUCCCGCUGCAGAGGCAGCCCCACCCGCCCCGCCGUGUCGCUGGCCUGGGGGCUCACUCCCAGAGUGGGUGCUGUGGAGCUGGGUGGGGGGCCUGGCUGGCCGGGGCACUCACUCUUUCCCUUCACCAGCUUCCUCCGUGGAGAGGCUUCCCCAGCCCCUGCCCAUCCCCCGGGCCGGUCCCUCCUCUGCCCAGGGCCAGGCAGAGGCCAGGGGAGCCCUCUCUGCACGGACCCACUGGGUGCUCCCCAGCUCCGGUGUCCUUGGAGGUCCCACGAGACCAGGGACGCCCCUCGCUCGGUCCCCAGUUCUUGCCUGCAGGUCAGGUGGGAGAUUGAAGGCGUAGGCACCUGCCCAGCCUCGCCUGUGCCCCGUGGCGGGCCCUGGGCCGGCGUGGGGUGCCCAGUUUUGCUCCCUGCCGGGCUUGCCUGCAGUCAGCACCAUGGACAGCUCCGCUCCUGGGGCUGCUGUGGGGGGCUCACCCCCGACCCCACGGAUGCAGGUGCACUGUGCUCCGGCCCGUCCGGGGCUGCGCCAAGCCCGGCUCUGGCGAGGGUGACCCUCCGGGCCUCACCUGCUGUCGGUGCUGCUUCCUCAGCCCCGGCCACACAGCCCAGGCUGCGGCCCCCACCCUGCCUUAGGGCGGGAUGGACAGGCCAGGGCAGGAGGAGCCCUAUCAGGUGCCCAGGGCUGCCCCGUCCCCGCCCUGAGCCAGCAUCCAGAACACGUGUUGCUUCUAACUCUCAGAUAGAAGCUCUUGGGUUCUGGGAAGGUGCAACAAGGGACAGAGAGGAGCCCUGCACUUGCCCUAAGCUGACCAGACGCCCACCGGGGGGUGGGCGUGCCAGCCUGGGGGCUCUCCUGCCUGGCUCAGCCAGCCUUGGGCAAGGCCCAGCGGGACCUCAAGCAGCAGCAGGAGCCCCUGGCCGUUUGGCCCUCAGGCUGGGGGCUGUGUGCCCCCGCGACUGCGGUCUCCUGCCAGCCUGGCUUAGGGCACGUGUGUGCUCGCCAGGGGCUUAGUGAGAGUGGAGCAGCGCCUGCCCCACCCCUGCAGCCAGGGCUGGGGGGCUGGUGGGGGCAGUGGGGACGGCCUCCUUGGGCGGAGUCUCGGGGCCCAUCUGGCCUAAGUCGUGGGGUCCCUGCCGGGGUCGAGACCAGGCAUUGAGAAGGCUCCUGGGCCCAGGGGUGCAGGCCCCCAUGACCCAACCAGUCCUGGAGGGGGGGCGGGGACCCCCGGGCUACCUGGCCUUCCCCGAGCCCUCAGUUCAGGUGGCCUCCCCGUGCCCAGGCUGCCGGGGGCCCUAGGCUGGUCAGCAUUUGUGGAGGCUGCGGGCCCCCGGCCGGGCCCCGGACUCGGUCUGUGGCGCAGGGGCCUCAGAGUCCAGGGGCGGGGGUGCCCACACAGGAGCCACAGUGCUCUCUGCCCCCCUGGCCCUCCCCUGCGCCCCGCCGGGCGUCCCGUCCUCACGGAAGGCCCGGAGGCCUCCCUGGACGUCCCCGAUCGUCCCCGUGCGCUGACCGAUGCCUGCGGUGACGAGCCAUCGAGAGCUAGGAGGCUGCGGCAUCCUGGGUGUCGGCAUCUGGCUGGCUGCCACGCAGGGCAACUUUGCCACCCUGUCCUCCUCCUUCCCGUCGCUGUCGGCCGCCAACCUGCUCAUCGCCACCGGCACCCUCGUGAUGGCCAUCGGCUUCGUGGGCUGCAUCGGCGCCAUCAAGGAGAACAGAUGCCUGCUGCUCACCUUCUUCGUGGUGCUGCUGCUGGUGUUCCUGCUGGAGGCCACCGUCGCCGUCCUCUUCUUCACCUACACGGACAAGAUCGACAGGUAUGCCCAGCGGGACCUGAAGAAGGGCCUGCACCUGUACGGCACCCCGGGCAACGUGGGCCUCACCAACGCCUGGAGCAUCAUCCAGACCGACUUCCGCUGCUGCGGGGUCUCCAACUACACCGACUGGUUCGAGGUCUACAACGCCACACGCGUGCCCGACUCCUGCUGCCUGGAGUUCAGCGACAGCUGCGGGCUGCACGCGCCUGGCACCUGGUGGAAAGCGCCGUGCUAUGAGACGGUGAAGAUGUGGCUCCAGGAAAACCUGCUGGCCGUGGGCAUCUUUGGGCUGUGCACAGCCCUGGUGCAGAUCCUGGGCCUGACCUUCGCCAUGACCAUGUACUGCCAGGUGGUGAAGGCCGACACCUACUGCACGUAGGCUGCUUACCGCCCGCCACCGCCGCUUCGCUGCCAAAGGACGUCGCCCACUGGGGAGAUGACACCUGCCCCUCCCACUGCAGGACCUCUCGCCAGCCCGGGCGUGGGGCAGGGAGCAGCGGGGCCUGUGAGUGCCGCGCCCGUGCCUGGGCUGGGGGCCGGAGGGGCCUGGGAGCUUGACGCCCCAGCAUCCUCCCAGCGGUGCUUCCCCCAGGGCAGCGGGCAGGGUGGGAGGCGCAGGGCGACCGCUGGUCCUGGUCCUGGUGCUCAAGGUGGGGCUGCAGCCCCGUCACCCACAUUCCACAGCCGCACCCCGCGGUGGGCCAGGCCUCCGGGGCGCCUUGAUAAAGCGCGUGGGCAGCAGACCCCCCCCCCCCCCCCCCCCGCCACCGUGUCUCUCACUGCCCUGCCCCCGGCGCGCCACACUCGGGCGGCCCUGUGUGGUCCAAGAUUCUCCACCCACUGACCUGCACAGACCCCGCCGCCGCCGAGCCCCCCUGCCCACCGUUGGGGGCUCCUGCGCCCCAGCAGACGGCAGAUGAGCCCUGAGCCUCGCUGACCCACCCACCCCUGCCGGUGCUACGGACGCCCCCCGGUCCUGACGUGGGGAGGCCCCACAGAAUGGAGAAUGGAGUUGAGCUCCCCUUUUUCUGUUCUCUUUCUAGUCCUGGGAUCUCUGCCCCCUUGUCACUCUUGAUUUUGCAAAUAAAGCCGGCUGGCAGGGGUGAGGCAGCUGUCA